AUGUCUGUGUGGAAUCCAGACAACAUCCGAGACGUUGCGGAAUCUGUCGGCAUCUCAAAUCUGAGCAAAGACGUGACGGAGAACCUUGCCCGAGAUGUCGAAUACCGCAUUGCCCAAGUGCUGGAGGAAGCUCUCAAAUUCAUGCGACAUGGCCGGCGUACAGUACUCACAACACAAGAUAUUUCUCACGCUUUGCGGGUGCUAAAUGUUGAGCCGCUCUAUGGUUACGAGUCGACGCGUCCGCUGCGUUUUGGGGAGGCAUCGCUGGGCCCUGGACAGCCAUUAUUCUACGUUGAAGAUGAGGAGGUGGAUUUUGAAAAGCUGAUUAAUGCCCCAUUACCAAAAGUACCACGCGAAGUUACGUUUACCGCACAUUGGCUUGCCGUUGAAGGCGUGCAGCCACUGAUUCCGCAAAACCCUACAUCUAACGAAUCACGCAACCUCGAACUAGUCUCCAAAGGCCCCAAUGCGAAUCAGACCCUGGCUGCGAUGAGCGGCAAUCAAAACACCGCCGUUAAGCCUCUCGUCAAACAUAUCCUAUCCAAAGAACUACAGCUUUACUUUGAGAAAGUAUGCAGCGCUUUCCUCGACCCGACUAGCGAGGAGUAUAGGACGUCGGCGUACUCAAGUUUACGCGAGGAUCCUGGACUACACCAGCUUGUGCCGUAUUUUGUGCAGUUCAUCUCUGAGAAGGUGACGCAUAGUCUGAAUAAUAUCUUUGUCUUGACUCAAGUGAUGCACCUGGCUGAAGCGAUGAUUCAAAACCAGUCUCUUUACAUUGACCCUUAUAUUUCCGCUCUUGUCCCUCCGGUGCUCACAUGCCUCGUUGGACGUCAGUUCGGCGGCAGCAACACUGAGCUGUCGGAACAAUUCGCCUUGCGUGACCUGGCAGCUUCACUGCUAGGCAUGAUUUCUAAGAAAUACUCACAUGCCUCUCACACCCUCAAGCCGCGGAUCGCACGAUCAUGUUUGAAAAGUUUCCUCGAUCCCGCAAAACCAUUUGGCACGCACUACGGAGCCAUCCUUGGACUAAAAGCUAUUGGCGGUGCGGACGUGGUGCGCGAACUAAUCUUACCAAAUCUCAAGCCGUACGAGAAGCUGCUACGAAACGCCAUUGCCGAGGAGGGUCCCAGACGCCCCGAGGCCGAAAAGGUACUCCGUCUGCUGGUUGCUGUUCUUUCCACCCUGGUCGAAGACCACGUACACCUGACCAAUGGCUACGCGACUGAGGUUUCCGGAGAGGUCCUCAAGCAGCUCACGGAGAAAAUCGGGGAACUGCUGGCAACUAGGAUUGCGGAGACCGGGGAGGUGCGGUUGGCGCAUGCUAUUUUGGCGCAGUAG